AGAAUAGACAAGGAGGUGGGACAGGGAGGCGGGGCCAGACGGCGACCCGGAAGUAGAAAGGACUCCCACUGGCGGAGUGCUAGGGAGCGGCAUCGGCGACCAAGCAGCAGAAGCAGCAAUUUAUCUGUGUGCAGCCUCCGACUGGGAAGAAGAUGCUUAUUAAAGUGAAGACGCUGACCGGCAAGGAGAUUGAAAUUGACAUUGAGCCCACAGACAAGGUGGAGCGAAUCAAGGAGCGCGUGGAAGAAAAAGAGGGUAUCCCCCCACAGCAGCAGAGGCUCAUCUAUAGUGGUAAACAGAUGAAUGAUGAGAAGACAGCAGCUGAUUACAAGAUCCUAGGUGGUUCAGUCCUCCAUCUGGUGUUGGCUCUGAGAGGAGGAGGUGGUCUUAGGCAGUGACCUCCUUUACCCUGUCACUGGUAAUGAGGCAGCAUAUAUCCUCUCUCUGGGACACCAGAGCCACUGACCUCUCACCUGGAUGCCCAGUCUUGCGUAUCUAUUGGAGGGGAGACUGUGAGGACCCCAGGAUGCAGUGUUCCUGGCCCAAAGGGCCCUAGUUGACUAUUGGGUUUUAGUUUGCAGUCCUGAGUGCUUCCCUCUCUUAUGGCUAUGUCCCUGGUUGUCAAUAAAAUAUUUCUUGACCUCCUGGAA